GUUUCCCGUUGGCCAUAGGGUGCCAGUGUGGCCUAGAUAAUGACCGUGUUUCUAAAUCUCUACAGGCCCUGCCCAUGUCAGAAUCAUUUCUGAUGGAGCUGGUAUGGUGACGGAGUACACAUCGUAGGCUAUGUUUCAAGUAAUAUGAGUAGCUGUUAAAAUUCCCGUGUGAAAGAUUCUAUUGGAGAGUCAUGAGAUGGAUCUAAUUACAUUGGUUCGAUGAACAACUGGAUCUCUGCAUUUGCUUUAAAGAAAGCCCUAUUUUUCGCUUCAUGAUGGGAGAACGAGAACAAAGACGCCGAGUGAACUGCUGGUGGGUUACUGGGAUUUUGAUGUUGUGCUUUGAGGAGCAGAUUUUGGCUCAGAUAAGAUAUUCGGUUCCAGAAGAAGUGCAAGUGGGAUCCACAGUUGGAAAUGUUGCCAGGGAUUUAGGACUUGACGUGAGCACCUUGACAGACCGACGGUUUCGUAUUGUUUCGGGUCCAAAUCAUGCUCUGUUUCAGUUAAAUCAGAACAAUGGAGUGCUGUAUGUUGGAAAAAUUAUGGACCGCGAAGAGCUCUGUGGAAGAAGCAAAGUCUGCUUGACAAACUUGAAAAUUGUAGUUGAGAGCCCACUGGAAAUACAUUACCUUGGGGUUGAAAUAACGGAUAUUAAUGACCACUCGCCGUAUUUUCCAGAAAGCGAACAGCGACUGGAAAUAGCAGAGAAUACUCCUCCAGGUACCCGUUUCCAAAUUCAUGCCGCUAGAGACCCUGAUGUCGGUACUCAGUCAGUGCGAUUGUAUAAGCUGAGUCAAAAUGAUUUUUUUGAUAUUGAAUUAAGAGAGAGCGAGGAGGACAAGAUACCGUUUUUGGUGCUAAAAAAGUCUUUGGACAGGGAGCAAAGGGCAGAACACCGUUUAGUGUUAACAGCUCUUGAUGGGGGCAGCCCGUCAAAAUCCGGGAGCCUUAAUUUAACCAUCACUGUGCUAGACGCAAACGAUAAUCGCCCUGUGUUCAGCAAAGAUAUUUAUACAGUGUCACUAGAUGAAAACGCCCCAGUUGGAACUCUUGUAAUACAACUAAACGCUACAGAUUUAGAUGAAGGUUUGAACAGUGAAAUUGAAUACAGUUUUGGAAAAACACAAAAGAAAAAAGUGCAUGACACAUUCGAAUUAGACAGUGUCACUGGUGAGAUUCGAGUGAAAGGAACCGUGGACUUUGAGGAAAUGGAGCUUUACAGACUAGAUUUGCAGGCUUCAGAUAAAGGCCAGCCACCGUGGACAUGCGAAAGUAGAGUUGUGAUUAAAAUAAAAGAUGUAAAUGAUAACAAGCCAGAUAUUGAGAUAACAUCUUUAUCCAGCGUAGUCCCAGAAGAUUCAAAGCCUGGCGCUGUAAUCUCUCUCAUUAGCGUUACAGACAGAGAUUCAGGUAUUAAUGCAAAAGUUAUCUGCAAAAUCUUGGGAAAUGUUCCUUUUGAUUUGACGCCAUCCAUUGAAGAAAACAUGUACUCUCUAGUCACGAAGGGGCGUUUAGAUCGAGAAUCUGUGUCCCAUUAUGACAUUACAAUAACAGCUACUGACUGUGGUGAACCUCCACUUUCUACUGUAAAAACCUUAAGUGUUCAGGUGUCAGAUGUGAAUGAUAACAAACCAAUUUUUAGCCAGAAUCCAACUGAACUUUACCUGGUAGAAAACAACGUCCCAGGCGCAUCAAUAUUUUCAGUAAGUGCUGCUGAUAAUGAUCUGAAUGAAAAUGCAGCAGUAACAUAUCACAUUGUGAGAGGUGCUGGGCUGCAGGCCGAUAUCACAUCGUUCCUGAAUGUCAACUCAGAAAACGGAGACAUUGUGGCGCUAAAGAGUUUUGACUUUGAAACAGUGAAAACGUUCCAGUUCCACGUUGUGGCCACAGAUUCUGGAACUCCGUCACUGAGCAGCAACGUCACAGUCAACGUGUUCAUCCUGGAUCAGAACGACAACCCUCCAGUCAUCCUGUAUCCACUCAGCUCCAAUGGGUCUGCUCAAGGUGUGGAGGAGAUCCCCCGCAAUGUGAACGCAGGACACUUGGUGACUAAAGUCAGAGCCUAUGACCCUGAUAUAGGAUAUAACGGCUGGUUGCUCUUCUCACUGCAGGAACAUACUGACCACAGUCUCUUUGGUUUGGACCGCUACACAGGACAGAUCAGGACACUUCGCUCAUUCACUGAGACAGACGAGGCUGAGCACAAACUGGUCAUACUGGUAAAAGACAAUGGCAACGUGUCCCUCUCAGCAACAGCUACUGUGGUUGUCAAGCUUGUGGAGCCCAAAGAGGCUUUUGCAGCUUCUGAUGUUAAAAGUGCAGCAAAAAAAGAUGAUGAGGACACUAAUGUGACUUUUUACCUGAUGAUAACUUUGGGCUCAGUGUCUGUACUUUUCCUCAUCAGUAUCAUCGUGCUGAUCGCGAUGCAGUGCUCCAAAUCCACAGACUAUACUUCUAAAUAUCUACAAGAGGCUAAUUAUGACGGGACACUGUGUCACAGCAUCCAGUACAGAUCUGGAGACAAACGGUACAUGUUAGUUGGACCCAGGAUGAGUACAGGAUCUACUAUAGUCCCGGGCAGCCACGCGAACACACUAGUGCUCCCUGACAGGAGGAGGACGUCUGAGGAGGUAAGACCUUCAACGCAAACACAACCAACGACGGCUCACAAACGAACUCAGACACCUUUCAAUGACGAUUAA